UAAAUAUGAUACCAACUCGACAAGACACCUCGCAGUUCUUUCUCUGUCAAUAAAACAGUAUAACAACGCGGUCGAAGUCAGAGAACGGGGGAUCAGUGUAAACUGGCCGCCUCGCACCGCCCACACAUUCUACAAUAUGGGACGAUAAUCUGUGAUAGCGAACCGUUAAUAAAAUAAUUCAGUUGUUUGUAACUACCACGCUGGGGUGGGCAGGCGGACGCGCGCGCGCCACGUUCCAAAUUUGAAUUUGACGUGUUUUAUUUUUUUCGAUAAUUUUUUUUUUUACUGAAGCCGUAUCCGGGUGUUUGUGGUUUUGAUAGAUUUAAAAAUAAAUAAAGAAAAAAAAAACUUUUUUUUGUGAAGUGCGUACAGUGUUUUCUUUUUAAUUUAACUAAUAGUUUGUCACUAAUGCUAUAGAGAUACCACAUCAUGUAAAAAAUGUCCUCACAAAUUCUCUCGCAUACAAUGUACCGGCGAAGUUCGAACGAGGAGAAACCCUUAGAGAUCGACCAGGAUUCGAAUCCAGACCGCAGCAGAUCGAACAGCCCCAAAAACAUGAAGUACUACAAACAGCUAGAUGACGAGAAAACUAUUUUGAACCAGGGAAAGAAGUCGUUUUGCAUCGACGCAUUACUUUCCCGCCAUAUUGAACCAGAGACAACUAUACAACAAAGAAUGUCCCAACACAAGUACAUGUCGUUGAUACAGAAUAAAAACUAUAUAGCCAGAUACCAGAACGACAACUACGAUACACAAAUAGAGCAAAAUACCAUAGAGAAAUACCAGAGUCGAACGGAAGAUGCGGGUUUUGAUCAUAGAGCAGAAACGGACAGUCCCAGAUCUGGGCAAAGCACACCCAGGAGCGUGUCCCCGGGGUCUGACGAUGGGAACAGAUCGGGCAGCUAUAGCCCACCCAUUUCGCCAGGAGUCGAAGGCGGGAAUGAGGAGUUCGAAAGCUAUAGGCCUGGUAUAAUACCAAAGCCUGGCCUCCUCCCCCAAACCCCGGCGCUGGUCGCUGCGCAGUCGGCAGCCCUGUUCAACUACCCGCAGCUGCAGCCGCCCCCCGGAGCACCGAUGCCGUCAGCGUUCCACCACCCCGGCGACAGAGUCCUGCAUCACAUGCAGCUGGAGUGGCUGGCCAGGACCGGCAUGUUUUAUCAUAGGAUACCAGAAUUGGGGGGCGCUCCACACGCCCUCCUCGGCAAGACGCGACGGCCUAGAACGGCCUUCACGUCUCAGCAACUCCUGGAGCUGGAGAAGCAGUUUAGGAUGAACAAGUACCUCUCCAGGCCGAAGAGGUUCGAGGUUGCCACCAGCCUUAUGCUGACGGAGACACAGGUAAAAAUAUGGUUCCAAAACCGAAGAAUGAAGUGGAAACGGUCGAAAAAAGCACAACAAGACUCCAAAAGCAAGGACUCGCACACGUCACACCAAAACGACGAGAAAAGCAAACCAAAAGAAAUUCCUUUGCCCGCCGAGCCCGAAAAACCCCAACAAAUGGCGGCCGAUUUGACAGCCGUUAAACCGCCCAUCCUGGACAGGGAUAGAAUUAUUGCGCUAGAAAGGGAGAGGGCGAUAGCGGCGGCUAAUUUUAAUUCGAAUUUGGAAAACAAUAGGCGCGGAUUGGUCGUCAUGAGUCAAGAUGGCGGACGUCCUAAUGACAUGUUUAGGCCAUACGUAGUAUGAAAAUAAUGGUCCUUUUUUAUUAGUGUUAUUGAUAUAUUUUUUAUUUAUAUUUAACAAGAAACAUUUCAUAAUAUAUUUUAUGGUGUAAUAUAACUAAAAUAAACAAUAAGAAGAAGCGAUUGCUUCGUAUUCCAAUGCAAUGUUACAAGACUACAUUCACACAUACCAUUAUAAAUCGUGAUACAGAGUUGCCAUUUUUUUUUUAAUGCAUUACCAAUUAUAGGUUGAAAUCAUAGCCGUUUUAAGAGUUUGUUAAUGAAACAGUACAGUGUAUUAGAAACAUUGAAAAAUAUCAAUUAUUUCUGAAAAUUAACAUAUAAUUGGGACAUUGCCGUCAUCAUCAUUAUCAUGUCAGCCGAUAACUGUCUACUGCUAAACACUGGCCUCCCACAUAAUUAGGAAGGGGGGGGGGGGGGGGGUUGCCAUACUUUGUUGUACUUAGAUAAAAACACUUUUAAAAGAAUCCUAACAUCUACGAUUCCAACCUGUAUUAUAAUUUUGUCCAUUUAAUGCUCUCUCAAAUCAAUUUCAGUGCUCAAUACAUACUUAGGCUCCUAUGUAGGUCGAUAAAACACAGCCAUUCCGUGAAUUUAGUGCUUCUCCAUUAAAUGGUGGAUCGUUUAAAAUAGGAUUACAAGAAAUUUCCUUAAUACAUGCUGUAAGUACCAACUUCUAAUUUAUACAAUACUAGCUAACCGAACCGGUGUUGCACGACUUUUUUGGGAAUAAAAUACAGCCUAUGUUACUAGCUGAUAAUAUAUGUUUCUACAUGUGAAAGAGUUUUUCGAAAUUGUGUGUGUGAGUAUUUUUUGAGGUUAUCCAUUACAAAGAAAAAAUCAAAUUAUUUUUAUUCAUUAUUACUUUAGACAAUAUAUUCAUUCAAUUAUUAUACAUAUAUGUAUUUAUUUAUAUAAAAUAGAUUAUAUUUUAUUAAUUUAUGUCAAUUUAUGUGUAACAUUUAAAUUGUUUCUGUAAAUUUUAAUGUAAAUUUAUUUAGUUGUAAUAAUUUUCAAUUUUAAAUUCUGUUAUUAUUUUCAAGGCUGGCAAUUUCUCCAAUUAUGCAAUAUAUUUAUUGUUUUUAGCAAUGUAAGUAUUUAAUUAUAACAAUUAUUAUUAUUAUACGCGUAUAAAUCAAGAUUCCAAAUAUGAUGUGUCCAUUACAUUAUUCUUUUUGUAAAUUGUCAAUUUUUUUUUUGCCAUAAAUUAAAUUUUCAAUGCAUACACUAUUACAAUUAACAUUUUAAUAUAACAACUACCGGUUUAAUUUACGUGUCAUUUGGUCGAGAGAGCUCGACUAGUUUCAGGACCAUUCAGGGACCCUUAGUCGUGAGCAGGUGUGACGCGAGUGCGGGCCUCUCGAUCUAAGUACUCGUAAGUUAAACCGGUAGUUAUAACAUUAAAAUAUAAUGUGUAAAAACGAAUUUUUUUUACAAUAAAAUCUACUUACAUAUUGAUUUAUAUGUAUUUGUAUAUAACAUUAUAUAGAUAGAGUGUCUCCAUACAAAUGCUUCGAGAAAAACGUGUCAACUUUUUCAUACAAUUUCGCGUGAUAAAUAGUUAUGAGCGAUUCCUUUAUAACUCUAUAUUUAUUUUUCUUAUAAAUUUUGCACUUUAUUAAUGCGUAAACAUUCAUUUUAUUUAUUAAAUAAUUAAUAUAGACACGUCAAUUUACAUUGUAUGCGUAAGUAUAUGGAACUCAAUUAAAAAAACUAGUCUAAUUUGACAAUUAGCUGUCAAAAAGUUGACACGUUUUUGAGGCUCGAUGCUCUAUCUAUGCAAUCUAAGGUUUAUAUUUAAUGUAUCAUAGAUAAUAAUACUAUAAGUUUUAAGAACUGAUGCAGGCCAAAAAUAUUAAUAGAGAAUUUAGAUUUAUUUUUAUUUUUUAAUAACUGUGAGUACUUAGUUAUAUAAAUAUAGAAUAAAUGAAUAUACGAUUGAAUAAUGGACAUCUUUAUACAGUAUUAUUAGUAAUAAAUUAUUAGGAUAUAUUUGAAUGUAAUAAUAAUAACUUAAUAAUUUAUAUUCAAUAGUUCUUGUCUUUUUUUCUUUUUAAUAUUAUUAUACAGAGGUUUCCAAACUUUUUUACUUUUUUUUUAUGGAUGAUAAUGGAAUGGUGACCACGUUUGCGCUAACGGUAUACGCUGGCGGGAC